AUGGAUUUGUUCAAGGUUGCCGAUUACUAUGUGGAUAGGAUAGUGAACUCCCAAUCGAGAGUGAGCAACUCAAGCGUCGCAGAACGUAGUAGGAUCAAGGCUCUGCUGCUGGAUAAGGAUACCAUAACCACUAUUUCGAUGUGUACGACGCAGACUGAGCUGCUGAAUCAUGAGAUAUACCUAGUGGAUACGAUUGAGAAUCAGAACAGGGAUGUGAUGAGACAUUUACGUUGUUUGGCGUACGUUAGCCCAACGGAGGAGACCCUGCAAGCCUUGUUACGAGAACUGCAGAAUCCAAAAUAUGGCGACUACUACAUCUUCUUUAGCAAUGCGGUAUCCAAGUCGCAGUUGGAGAGAUUGGCAGAAGCGGAUGAUCUGGAAGUUGUAUCCAAGGUGGAGGAGAUCUAUCAGGAUUACCACAUUAUUAACAGCGAUUUUUUCUCGUUAGAUAUACCUGUGGAGAACCUUCUUCAGGUUCGGGAUACGUGGGAGGCGUCGACUCUUAUCGAAUGUACCAAAUCGUUGACUUCGUUACUGUUGUCAUUGAAACUGAAGCCCGACAUCAAGUUCGAGGCCAAUAGUAGGAUGUGCUCGAAACUGGCAAGAGAAGUCAGCAUAUACAUCGAGCAAAAUGAGAAAACUCUAUUUGACUUUCCAAAGAUAGAUUCCACUCCAAUGUUGGUCCUACUAGAUCGCAAGAACGACCCUCUCACACCGCUUUUACAGCCUUGGACAUACCAAUCGAUGUUGAAUGAGUAUAUCGGAAUAAAGGGUAACAUUGUUGAUUUGUCAGGUAUACCAGAUGUUGAUAAGGAUAUAAAGACUGUUACGUUGUCACCGAGACAAGAUGCAUUUUUCCAUAGCACAAUGUACUCGAAUUUUGGCGAGCUUGGGGAUAAAGUCAACCAAUAUGUGACGACCUAUAAGGAUAAAACUCAUUCAAACAGUCAGAUUAAUACCAUCGAAGAUAUUAAAAGGUUUAUUGAGAAAUACCCUGAGUUCAGGAAACUAUCCGGUAACGUAGCCAAGCACAUGGCAAUCGUCGGAGAAUUAGAUAGGCAGUUGCGGUUGGGAGAUAUUUGGCGUUUGAGUGAGGUGGAACAAAAUCUCGCAGUUCAUAAAGACAGUCAGGAAGACUAUCAAGCCAUGUUGACCCUAUUGAGAGACGAAAAAUUACGGAAUGAAUACAAACUGAAACUCGCUUGUAUUUAUUCUCUAAAGCAUGGAGAAAAUAGUGAAAGAAUGGACGGGGUCGUGCAGACUUUGAGCCAGCAACUACCGGCAGAAGAGAUUAACUUGUUCCACAAAUUUAGAACUAUCUUCCACGCUGACCAAACAAAGGGAGAGGGACAAGGCCACUUGAGAGAUAAAGAUGAUUUGCUGAGUGAGCUCGCCAAAAAAUUCAACAGUAGGAUGGGCUCGGGAAACAACACUGAGGCAGAAAAUGUGUAUAUGCAGCAUGUGCCUGAAAUAUCAACGCUCUUAACUGAUAUUUCGAAGAACAAGGUAUCGCGCGACAGGCUGAAAACCAUGAGCAGUUCAAAAGCUGCAGAAUCCUCACCAAAGUUAUCUUCCCCAACCUCACCUGCGGCUCCGCCUCAAGAUAUCGUAAUAUUCGUUGUUGGGGGUGUCACUUACGAAGAGGCUAGAUUCGUCCAUCAAUUUAACGAAACAAUGAAAAACAAGACUAGGGUAGUUCUAGGAGGAACCUCAGUUCUCUCCACCAGUGACUUUAUGCAAUCUAUUCGCAAUACAUAG